AUGUCGGAACCGGUGAAUGUUAAUAACAUGAAUAAGGAGGAGUUUAAAAAGUUUUUAGAUUCUUUCGAUCAUGUCUUUUCGGAUUGUGAUGGUGUUAUAUGGUCAAGAGAACCUCUUCCAGGAUCAGGGGAAUUUUUCAAGCUGAUGAAGAAACACGGCAAAAGCAUACAUUACGUAUCAAAUAACAGUUUGAGAACAAAAGAGAAUUACGAAAUGAAAUUCAAAGCUGCAGAGAUCGAUGAUGGUUACGAAAAUCUAACGAUUCCCUCGACAGCCAUCGUUGAAUAUCUCAAAUCAAAGGACUUCAAGAAGACGGCGUACUGCGUGACUUGUUCCGAAACAAUGAACGUUUUGGAAUCCAAUGGUUUUAAAUGUAAAUAUGGGCCUGAUGUGGGGGCAGAUCAGUACACUGACUUCGUAGAGUACUUAGCACAGGAUGAAGAAAUAGGGGCAGUGGUAUUUGACAGUGACUUCAAAAUAAACCUACCAAAAUUGUAUAAAGCUUCGACGUAUUUAAAAAGACCUGAAGUGGAAUUUAUUAACGGAGCGACUGACAGAGUGGUGCCGUUGCAACGAGGACUAAUGGCUUUAGGUGUGGGUAUGUUCACCGAUAUUUUGGUGGAUUAUUUGAAUCGGCAGCCCAUUCAACUUGGGAAACCAGGCAAACUGUUCGGGGAGUUUGCCAUGAAGCGAGCAGGAGUCACUGACCCAGCCAGAGUAUUGUUUAUUGGUGAUAUGAUUGAGCAAGACGUUGCCUUAGGGAAAGAGACUGGGUUCAAGACUUUACUAGUUCUUACUUCUCACAAAAAAGAAGAUAUGAUAGCUAACACUGUAAUAAGACCUGAUUAUUAUGCUGACAAUUUGGGAAGUGUAGUGCCUUUAUUUAGUAAGCUAUAAACAUGUAGAAGUAAAUGACGGCGAUAUGUACAUUAAUCUCAUCAUCAUGAUACCGUACCCAUGGUAUAAUAAGGCCACAUGUUAUAUCGCACUGUUUUGUACAGUAUUGUCUGUAUUCCUAAUAAUAAUAUUAUUGUAGAGUUACAACAGUAUUGUAAGUCAAAAUAUGUGAAAUUCAAGAUUAUGCUAUCGCUGAAUGUAAAAUUUUAUUCUGUACACGUCAAUAAAACCAUCGUUAGAAUAUUAUUAGAAUUAAAACACAUGUACUUAACUGAAAAUGAGACAAAUUUUUUGUGAGCUUAUUCUGGACAAAACAAAUUUGGCCCUUAGUCAAAAAUAUUUCUUUCGUUAAACCGCUGGGCAAAUUUCAAGUCAAAACCAAAAUUUAUCAGCUUCUCUGUAGUAUUUAAAAAGAAACAUCUUCAUAUAAACAUUACCUAUUUGCAACAAAGUUAGAUAUUUCAGGAAUAAUGAUUCGUUUUAGUCCUUUAUUUUAGCCUAUUUUCAGGAUGUUAUUUGAUCGGGGAAAGUACAUUAUAUCGCAACAAAUUAGUACAUUAUUUAAACAAUAUCCUUAGGUAAAUAGUAUAUUACUUGUAAUACUAUUAUUUAAUGGUAAAUACCUAAACCAACAGUAGUAAAAAAAGUGGUAAACAGCAAAACAGUUUUUCCCGCUUCUCCUCCGGUGAUACGCCUUAACUUUUAGCAAAUAGUAAGCAUACAAAAUGCUGCCAUUGAUACUCUAACUAUGCGCAACUGAGAAGAUUUAAAAUUAGCAGAUUUGGGGCUCUGAAAAGUUGUCAUUUUGCUGAUAUGACCUUAUUAUACCGAAGGGGACAUAUUAAACGUUAAUAUAACAUAACUUUUGCACUUCUUGUAUUUAAACAAAACAUUACAUUUUGCACACCGACUAGGUACAUUCAGGAGCACAUCAAGCUUGACACUUUGUACUUUGAUCGUUCUUACCGUAAGCGACACAGAGUUGGAUUUAAGUUUUAAUAAAAAGCUUGACGUGCUCGUGGUCUUACCAAUUUCAUCAAAGUUCAUAGUAUUUUUUUCAUGUUCAACAUUGUGGUAUUAGAGACUUAUACCUAUUUUUGUAAUAAAAAUAUGUACACCGAUAAAUUAGAUCAGGUUGUUCCGUAUAAUUUUAAAAAUGAGAAUA